UGAAACUUUGCCUUUAAAGUGAUUAUCCGUUUGAUACGUUUUGACUUAUCAAUUGAGCCGUUUUAAGCAUCUUUUGAUCAAUGCUUUCUGUGCUGCCUUCUCAAAUCUGAACACUGCCAUUUCAACCACCAUUUCAGAAGUUCAAAAUUUUCGGGGUUUUUUUUAAACCAGAAUAUAUUGAUGUGGGUUUUCCUGUAAAAGGGUGGUUGGAUUUUGCCUUUUUUGAUCAAUGCUUGUUAGUAGAAAUGGACCACUUCAAUGUAGUUUCAGAGCUUUCUGCUUGAUUGAUUGCUCUUCUUCAACUGUGAAAGACAAGCAUGAAGAAAUCUCCUACGCAUCCAAAAUAUGAGAUGGAUCAUGAUCACAGCAAUGGAUUCGAUCCUCAUACCGACUUUUAUCAGUUUUUGGAAGAAGCCAAACACAAUGUAGUAGAAGGAGACUUCCAGGCACCAUCAGAAGAAGGUGCAGAGAGAAGAUUGGGACAAGAGAAGAAGAAGAAAUCAUGGAAAAAGUUUCUAUUUCCGUGGUUGAAAGGAGAGAAACUGAACAAAACUACUACAAAACCAGCAACCGUAUCUCAUAUUUCUAAUGCGAAGCGGACUAAUGUUUCCGGUCCGGUGUAUGGCACCGGCAAGGCUACGGAUGGUAAGCACCGGGGUCCAAUGUCGGGGCCUAUUGCCAGUCUCUUCAACCCCACAAAGAGAGAAGACAAUGCAAUGCCUUAUAUGUGCCUUGACAAGAAUGGCAGCCCUCAAGUUGGAAAAACUUAUGGGCCAGUUUAUUUGGUGACAAAUUUUCAUGAAGAAGUUGGGGAAUAGAAAAUUGAAAUUGUUAACCUUUCUACUCCACGAAGGAUUUCAACUUAUGGAUUCUGCAUUGGCUGUGAUGGAAACGCAGUUGGAUCAUCGAAUGGAAGAAAACCGGGAAUUCAAGCCGUCUUGGUUGCUUCGAAUCAUCCGAGGAUGGAAAAAGCUGCUGAGAGAUUGUUCUUUAGGUGUGAUGUUAUAGUGUUUCAUUUGUGAGAACGCUGUAAAAUAGGACUUAGAAUACUUGACAACCAAGUCGAUUUAACCAUCUAUAUAUGUAUUCCUUUUCUUAGCCUUUGUAAGUGAUCAAAGGAAGCAAUUAAGAAGUGACGUUUGAUGAUUUA